GUCCAGCAGGAGUGAACCACAACAACACAUGAAGGGUCUCUGGUGACUACCUCCUACCACAAGACUUGUGUCUAUAGUUUGACAACAAUAUAAAAAUGGGGGACUACUAUGAUAAAUCUUAUGAGAUCCAGUGUCCUGUGUGUAGAGGCACAAAGUAUCGGAAUCCACAGAUGAAACUGAUGGUCAAUGUGUGUGGACAUCCUCUGUGUGAUUCGUGUGUACGAAUGUAUUUUAUAAAAGAAUCUGGACAAUGUCCAGAAUGUGACAUUGUGCUCAAACGAUCAAAGUUUCGAGUCCAGGUGUUUGAAGAUCCAUUAGUAGAGAAAGAGAUUGAUAUAAGAAGAAAGGUAAUGAAGAUUUAUAACAUGAAUGAAGAGGAUUUCCUGACUGUGGAAGAAUGGAACAAGUAUCUGGAGGAAAUAGAAGAAAUUGUAUAUAAUAUAACGAAUGACAUAAAUCGUACCGAGAUGGAAAAGAAAAUCGAAAAUUACGAACGGCUUCACAAAAAUGAUAUUAGAAAAAAUUACACAAAAAGGAGUCGUGAGCAGGAGGAGUUAGAAAGACACUUGGAUGCUGAAGUAUUGAGGGGAUUAGAAAGACAGAAAGCACAACGAGAGGAGGAGUUACGAUCAAAAUUAUCCCGUGAACGAAACAAGACUUCUCUUAUAAAAGACUUGAUGGCCUCUGAGGGAGAUGCAUCUCUUAUUGUACAAUCCCAUGCUGAGCGCCUCAAAGAAGAACAGCAGCGAGAAAAUCAGAAGAAGAAAGAACUGGAGUUAGCCCUUGCUCAGACCACUCUUAAGGUUAAAGAGUUCUCCUCUGGAGUCAAGAUAGGUUUUGCAGGGAUGGGUAUUGCUCCUGUUCAGCUCAUAAAGGAAGAGGUGUACCAGUAUGAGUCCCCGAAACUUGCAUCUUCCCUGCCUGCUCCUGCAUGGGAUGAACUUGAAGAGGGUGGUUAUUUAAACCAUGUCCGGAGAGCCUCUCCUCAGGCCAAUGCUGGAGGUUACACAGAACACUACGCUUGUCUCAGGGCUCUACAGGACUUUAUGUCUUCUCAUUUCUUAAGUUCCUGAUUGUACCCAUUCCGUUAGGGACAAUAUGUAAUACAGUACUAUGAUAAGCCUGUAAUGUGUAAGUUUAUAUUUAAAUUGAUCUUGAAUGCUAUUUAUUUUCACUUGAACAUACUGUAUAUUAUGGAAAAGAUUGAGUCUUAUACUGUACCAGUAGCAUUAAAUUUACAUGAUAUAAUGGUACAGUAUAUUCUUUAUCUCUGUCUCUUUGGGGUAUAGUCAUUUUUAUGAAUACCCUGUAUAUUCAUUGAUAUUGCUUAUACUGGAGGGAUAGAGUAAUGCUUCAUUGGAACUGGGUUUGUUUCAUUUACCUUUGCUCCUUAAGUGUACAGUAUAUAUAUUUUAUCAUAAUUUCCAAAACUGUACUGUUGAACUAGGUGUAGGAAUACUUUGCUGUUAUUUCAACAGCAUAUUGUCCAACAAAUCUUCAAUUGUUUAGUAUGUUUUCACUGUCAAACAAAUAUUUGUACAGUAUUUUGUAUGACAUAGAAUAUUGCUUGUAACUCAUGACAUGUUCUUGUGAGUGUUUAUUUUUUUAAGCUCUAAAAAAAUUAAACAAAUAUAAAUGGUAUUUAU